CCGGUCUCUAUGGCCUCCUAUAACGACAACAAGUUCGCCGGCGUUCAGCCGAUCCCAUCGCCGCCAUCGCACUCGUCGCCAACGAACGCAUCAAAAAGCAAACCCACGAAAGAUCGCGUCCAAUACAAAGAGCACCGCAGGGUUUGCCACAUAAACGCCGAGCAGAAGCGUCGGUGCAAUAUUAAGAACGGGUUCGACACUCUCCGGAGUCUACUGCCGUCCAUCAGUCACAACACGAACACGAAGAUCAGCAAAGCGGCGAUGCUUCAGAAGGCCGCCGAACACAUCCGACACCUCAAGACUGAGCGCCAAUCCCAACAGGAAGAGUACGAUCUGCUCAACAAACAGGUCGAGGGCUUCAAUCACACCAUUAGUGUUUUCCAAAACCAAUUGCCCGCCACUGGUGUUCCCAUGGCGUGUCAGCGCUCAACACAAACUCGAGAACUCUAUGAGAAUUAUGUUCGCGAAAGGACUUUAGAGAACUGGAAGUUUUGGAUCUUUAACAUAAUUAUGGAAUCGCUAUGGGAUUCAUACAACCAAACGGUGACCACUUCUAGCGCGGACGAGAUGUCGAAGACCUUAUUU